AUGAGCUCCAGUGACAUCCCCAGCGGCAACGCCAUGGACAACGACUACAAGUCCCGUACCGGCCAGUCCGAGAUCCCCGUCCAGGCCGACGAGGCGCCCGUAGAGGCGACCGAGUACACCAAUGGCGGUGACUCUGAUGCGCAGCUCGAGCGCGAUGAGAAGGAUGCUAUCGACAGCUCCAACAUCCUUGACGAACGCACGCGUCAUGCUACAAAGAAGGCUGGCACGUACACCGAGCCUGGUGAUGAGGAGGGUCUCGGUGCUGCUGCUGACGGUUCUGAUGGUACUUCUUCUACACGAUAG